CUGCACUCCGCCCGCUGCGUUCCCGCCGGCAACAGGGCAGCGGCUCCUCGUCCUCCCAGCUCCGGGAUCGGGCUCCUGGUCCUCUGGGGUGGCCGGCCCGCGGUUCCCGGGAGACACCAUCCGGUCUCUGCCGCCCGGGCGGCCAGCUGUCCGCAUGGCCGCCAUCAAGGCGCUGCAGCAGUGGUGCCGGCAGCAGUGCGAGGGCUACCGGGACGUGAGCAUCACGAACAUGACCACGUCGUUCCGCGACGGCCUGGCCUUCUGCGCCAUCCUGCACCGCCACCGGCCCGACCUCAUAAACUUCAGUGCUCUCAGGAAGGAAAACAUUUAUGAAAACAACAAACUGGCCUUCCAAGUGGCGGAGGAGCAGCUGGGUAUCCCUGCCUUGCUGGACGCAGAGGACAUGGUGGCUCUGAAGGUGCCAGACCGGCUGAGCGUGCUGACCUACGUGUCACAGUACUACAACUACUUCCACGGACGCUCCCCCAUUGGGGGCAUGGCUGGCAUUAAGAGGCCCCCGUCCGACUCUGAAGAGGAGCUGUCCAGGAAGAAGGCCCCACCUCAGCCGGCCAGGCCCUCGCCCACCCCAGCCCGCGGACACCCACUGUCUCCAGUCUGCACAAAUCCCAUCGUCAGGCAGAAGGAUAGGGGCACAGAGGGCCCCCUGCUGACGGCUGGCCAGGCCUCGGUGGACAGCUCCCCCGCCUCCAUCAGCAGCACCUGUGGGGUCUGCGGCCAGCAUGUGCACCUUGUGCAGCGACACCUGGUUGACGGGAAGCUCUACCAUCGGAGCUGCUUCAGGUGUAAGCAGUACUCCAACACGUUGCACUCAGGCACCUACGCGGCCACGGCCAAGCCCGGCGUCUUUGUCAGUUCCAGCCACCACUCCACACCUGCCUCUGCAAGCCCCAGGUUGCCAGGCCUGGUCCCCACACAGCCAGGGGCCGACCCCACGGACUCCAAGCCUCUCAGCACCCCACAGAAAGCCCAGGAGGCGUGUGGGCGGAGAGAUGCUGGGCCAGAGCGCAGGGCCACUGCCUGGGAGCCCAUGGUGGGCAACUCAACUGCCAAAGGCUUUGUCCCUGCUGCAGCUGACCCUCCGGCCACCACCCCCUCCCAUGUCCCCCUGGGGAGCCCAGCUGCGCCCAGGUUCACGGUGGGUCCCCUUGGUGGCAGAGCCAGCAUGCGUGUGACCAAUAAUUCCCCAACAGGGUGGUCACGGCUGGCACAAGAUGCGGCAGCAGUCAGCCCCCGUCCUGCUGUGACCCCGAGUGCCCCAGACCCUCGCCCGGCCACACCACAAAGCCGGGCAACCCAACUGUCAGCCCCGCAGACCAAGCCCAGUUUGAGUCCAGCGUCUUCAGGCCCAGCAGACGCCCCGGCCUGGACCCCAUCGGCCGCCAGGACGCAGCAGACCCGGGAGAGGUUCUUCCAGAUGCCCGCAGCUGCCCCUACCACUGGCACAACCAGCAGGGCCCCAGCUCCAGCAGAGGCGUCUUCAGGGGUCAGCAGCAGAGAGCAAGCGCAGAACUGCCUCCGGAAGGCCCUUGCAGGGCCUGUGGAGACCUGCGCUCAGGCGCCUGGCAGACCCUCCUCAGCCACCACCCCUGGUCUGAACUGCCAUCCCAGAACAGAAGGGCUACAAGCAAGUCCAUCUGCCAAGCUGUCACAGUCGACGUCUCCCCUGGCUCUUAGGCCCGCAGCAAGGACUGAGCCACAGGCCCCCUUGAGUAUGGGCACCACCUCGGGGGCCUCCACAUCGUCCCAGGCGGGCAUGAAGAGCUCAGUGGUAUCUUCAGGGGCCGGCAGGGCAGGUGCUGGCUCCAGGCAGCAGCUAGAGACCCCAUUGGGAAAGGGCACAAGUGCCAGCCCCCAGGAAGGCCAGGAUGCUGGGCCGGCAGGAUGGAGGGGCCUCCUGAAGCCCGUGGAGAAGAAAAACCCUGCUGACAGAGACCUGGAGCUGAAGGAACCGCAGGGUCCUGGAGGGCUGAGGGCGGGGCAUGCGCCCCUGACGGUCCCUGGGAGCUCCGAGAGGGGUGUCCGCGUCACCCUGAGUCCUGUGCAGCAGGACAGGACACCUGGCCCAGCCAGCCCCCGGCCCAGCCUCUCAGCUGCCUCCCCCUCCCCCGCCCCGCCCCCAUGCCGCAGGAGGGUGGCCGUCCCUGCCAGCCUGGACAUUUCUGGUGACUGGCUUCAGCCCAAGUCUUCGGGGCAGGGAAGACCGGCCCCGAGCUGGAAGGAGGAGAAGCCCGCUUCUCAGGGCAAACCAGGGAGGCCCUUGCUCCCGGCUGGUGUCCCUGAUCCACCUGGCAAGGCGGUGACUUCCCCUGUCAGGCUGCACCCUGACUACAUGCCCCAGGAAGAGAUCCAGAGGCAGAUGCAAAGCAUCCAGAGUCAGCUGGAUGCCCUGGAGCUCAGGGGCGUGGAGCUGGAGAAACGCCUGCGCGCGGCUGAGGGGGACGACUCAGAAGACGCGCUCAUGGUGGACUGGUUCCGGCUCAUCCAUGAGAAGCAGCUUCUGCUGCGGCUGGAGUCGGAGCUGAUGUACAAGGCCAAGGACCAGCGCCUGGAGGAGCAGCAGCUGGACCUCGCGGGGGAGCUGCGCCGGCUGAUGGCCAAGCCCGAGCGUCUGAAGUCACCCCAGGACCGGCAGCGGGAGCAGGACCUGCUGAACCAGUACGUGAGUACAGUCAACGACCGCAGCGACAUCAUCGACUGCCUGGACGAGGACCGGCUCAGGGAACAGGAGGAGGAUGAGACACUGCAGAGCAUGAUCCAGAACCUGGACCUCCAGAGGAAGAAGCCCAAGUCCCGCUUGUCCAAGAUCUGGUCCCCGAAGAGCAGAAGCAGGACCCCCGAGUGAGCUCCUGGCCGGGCUGCAAGACCCUCGCCUGUGGGCUGGGCAUGGUGGGCACCAGGGGUGGGAACCAGGGCAGCAUUACCUGCACAUGUCUCCGUGGGGUCCAAGCAGCCUCAAUAAAGAAACUGACCAUGUGGC